AUGGAAUUAAAACAUCACUUCGGUUUAUAUGGUACAAUUGUUAGUGUUGAAAGUGAAGGAAAUUAUGAUUGUGUGGACAAAGCAAUCCAGGAGAAUCCUCACAGUAUUGAUAAUGCUUUAUGCAAUGCAGAAAAAUAUUUACAUUCAACCACAGUUGGCAGUGAUACAAGUAUAUCGACAGUAUCGACAUCUGAUUUACAAGAAGUUGACGUGCCAAUACAUCACAGAAGUACACCUAAACUCGUAAAUAUGAGCACUAAUCAAUCAAAUGAAUCAAAUGAAGAUUCACAACGUUACAGUGAGUCACUUAAAAGUCCAAACAGUUUUAGUGAAAGUUCAAGUUCGAUCGCUAUUGUAGACGAUCAAUCAAUAAGUGAUGAAAGUCGAUUAAUCGGACAUGCUACAAACAGCGUCAAAAAACAAGGCAAGGAGAUUGAAUGUCUAUAUUAA